AUGUCUACAGAAUGGUCUUUGGAUUUCUGUCUCGCCUGUGACAGGCAGACCAUGGGCGGUCCUUACUGCUCUCAAUCUUGUCGUCUCGCUGAACUCGAUCGUCCGGCCCCUGAAGAUGACUCCUCUCAAAAACCUUCGCACUCGCGAUCCUCCUCUAUCGAAUCUCAACCACAAACCCGUUCGGCUCGCAGUCUAUCGGCCUCAUCAUCUCAAACUUCUCUCUCCUCGCUGCGGAGUCAUUCCUCCAACGCUGCCCUCUCCGAUCAUCUUCAAGAUGAACUACGAGACUACGCUAGCUCAUUCGAUACUGUUCGAGACCUCAAGCGACGAUUGACUACUUCUUAA